GGGCGUGUAGAAGCAAGCGUACGAUAAUGGCCGUUGUUUGAGCCGCAGCUCUGCAAACCCAGUUGGCGACGAAACCGCACUUAAACUGGUCUCUCGCUGCGGAUUCUUGCCGUGUCAGCGCCCCAAAUCGACGGAUUUCUCCGUUUUUGUGUCGAAAUAAGCAUUCGGUGGCCUGUGUUGCUGGGGGGCUGUGUUUGAGCGGUAGAAUUCAGUGGGCCGAUCGUGUUUUGUUUCGCGGAGUGCGUACUUUUGACGUUUUGAUGGGUGUUUACAUAAGUGUCCCAAUUAUUAAGUGGCAGUGUCUGGGUGGAUAGAGUGGCCCAACAAUGAUUAGUCUUGACUGAUUUUCGGAAACUUCCAGGAGACAUUAAAGUUCGAAUGGGCAACGUAAUUCAAUUAUUUUUGGUGAUGCCAUGUUUGAAAAGAAAACCAGAUUGCAUGUCAGAAAUUUAUUGGAAAAACAAUUUGACAAUUUUUGCGAAUUGGAGCAGUCCGUAAAAAAUAAUUUAAUCGACGCUUCGUUAAGUAUUAAACAAACUGAAAAAGUUUCCUCAAAUCGCUCUACAAAUGAGCGUAACAUGACACGUAAGACUAGAACAAGACGGCCACGCAUCCAUUCUAUAUUCGAGUCUGGUUAUUGUGCUGUUUGUCACACACCCUAUAGCAGUCUUGAGGAUCACAUCCAGUCCAAAAGACAUUUAAAACUCAUCGGCGACGAUGGCAAUUUCAUAUCAAUAAAAGGCUUUGAUUCGUUCCUGGCCUUGGAUGGAAUUGACGCGAUCGAAGUGAAUGAGAAAAAUCGCGACUACUCUCCGCCCCGCCGCCGCUCCAGGAUGCCUCGAACGCGCGCCUCGUCCGUCAUGUGCGACCAAAUAAAAGACUCUCCGAUGUCCCCUGUGGGCAGCGACUCAGGACACCAUUUACGUUCAAGAAAAAAUAUAAAUUACAUGACGCCACCUCUUGAAGACGACAGUCUAACAGAGAAGCCCGAAGUCGUGAAGGAAUAUCGCGAAUUAAGAUCUAGUUCUCGUCUUUUGGCCAAACUAGCCGAUCAAAUGGUCGAAAAUGACGAAGUGUGGAAUUCGGGCCGGCCGAAACGAGCCUGCAACCGAACGAGGAUUUCGGCUGAUGAACGAUUAGUCGUUGAUAAUAAAAGUUAUUACAAAGUCGAAGUUUUAUCGUCGAAACUUCGUUCAGGAGUUACUCAUUUUCAGGAAGUCAAGCGGCCGGAAACACCGGUUGAGAAAGAGGAUGAUAAAGGGUUGAUAGUGAAAUUUAGGAAGUUGAGGAAUUCGGAACUCGUUCGGUUGAAUAACGAGGCGGAGAAUUUUCUGUUUCCGAAAAAAGACGAAACGAGUGAUGAAGACGAAGAGGAUGAUAAGACCAAAAAUGACAAUAGUUCGGUCAGCGAGACUGACGAUAGAAGAGUUAAAGUUGAAGAUGAUGAGUCGAUGCAUAGUACAAGUUCCGAGGGUAAAAAGAAGAGAAGACGAACACACGCCGAGGCUUUUAUAAUGGAUAAUCAAAAAUACUACAAGUUUGAAACUCCCGGUUCAAGGUUGAGGUACCACGGUUCAUACCUUUCUCCCGUUCCUAUGAAAUCGAAAAACAAUGGAGAUUGCGUGGUGAAAAACGAAUCGGAGGAGUCCGAAUCUGAAAAAGACAGUAAACUGAGAUUAGAUGAUUACAACUUUUCGUUUGAGAGUGUGCCCAAAAACGAGGCGUGGUAUCAGACGUUUCAGAGGCGUGACAAGGGGGAAGAAAAAUAUGUUUUUUUGAGUGAUGACAAUUAUUGGGAUCCGUUGAUUCUUCCGUACCAGUUGGACUAUGUACCGCCCCUGGAUCCACAAGAGUGUCUAGCAACCUACAACCAGAUCAAAAAAUGCCUUAUGGAGCCCCCAUCAACGUCAACUUCGGUCACUUGCAGCACCCCGGAUCCUAACGCAAGCAAUUCAAGUGUUGAAACUCCUUUCAAUCAAGACGAAGACAGUAAAAUAAGUGCCACUGAAAUUAGUUCAAAUAGUACCGUGGAUGAGAUUAAACCGUCACGGAAUAAACGAAGCCGACGCCCAGGAAUGGUCGUAAACGUGACCGGGAAUGGCAAAAAUCCCCGAAAAUCACCCCGACAACAUGCCUCAACUCUAGCGAUUUUAAGUAGUUUGAUUCAGCAGCGGAAACGAAAGUCGCGACGAGGCGAUCUGGACUUCCGGUCAAACCUACCGACGAUUCUCGAAGAACCGAAACAGACGAAAUCACUGAAGAAGUCUAAAGUUGAUUAUUUUUCGAUGAUGAAGAGGGUUGAGGAGGAGUUUGCUAGUGCUUGUGACGAAACUUUGGAUAUUGAAAUCGACAAAGAUGAAGAAAUCGAGUUUAAGGGUCAGGUGGGAGUGGAAGAUAUUUUGAACGUAUACGAGAAUAACAAAGACACUAUUGUUAAGUCACCUAAGAGACUGGUGAGCGCUAAACCGGGUCGGAAGCCGGGGAAGAGGAAAAAGAAUCGUACAGGGUGGCCUCUAAAUAGGAGCAGGAGGAUGAGGAGAAAGGAGGAUGACGAAAGCACGGUGGAUUCGUUGAGUGUGAAUGCAGAUUCGGACGGAUGUGACGAUACGACUGAUAGUAUUAAGAAGAAAAAGUCGAACUGUAGUGAAAAUAAUAACCAAAAUGACCAAAGUAGUUUAAGUGAUGUAAAUAUAGGUGAUAGUAAUUGUGAUUUAACAAACGCCGACAGGGUUAAAAACGAAAAUAGAAGUGAUGAUGCGAACUCAGUACUAACAAAUAAAGUUAAUAGUGACGGUUUUAAUAUUGAUUUGCAAUAUCAGCCGUAUGUGCGUGUGCAAAAACUUGAUAAGAAUCAUAUAGACAAUAAGAACGAACCGGCGAAAAGGAGUAAUUCACCGAAACGAACAAACAGAGGACAGAGGAGGAUGCCAGCGUCGCCGAAAUCACCGAGGAUGUUAAGGAGACCAAGAGGGCGCUGGUAUCGAGAGAGAUAAUUAGGUUUCCAUGUUAUUUAUUUUCUUGUAUUCUUUAAGUUAAACAUGUAUUCGAAUAUUUUGUACCAAAUCUGUAUUAUUUUUAAAAAAAUAUUAUUUUUUUCUAAUUAUUAAUUAUAUAGUUUUUGCGUC